AUGGCCAAAAGACGCUCAAAAAAGCGAACCCACGUGGGUGCGAAUAACCCUGUUACUCCGGCAGCGGUCAAUGGCCACGCCAACUCAAAAGACCCGAAGAGCAUGGUGAUCCGGAUCGGCGCUGGCGAAGUUGGAGCCAGUGUCAGUCAGUUGGCCACCGAUGUUCGACGUGUCAUGGAACCCGGGACAGCCUCGCGCCUCAAGGAACGGAAAGCGAACAGGCUACGAGAUUACGUUACCAUGUGCGGCCCCCUGGGAGUUACCCAUCUUCUCCUCUUCUCGAGAUCUGAGUCCGGAAACGUCAAUUUGCGCCUGGCCAUUGCACCGCGGGGUCCUACGUUCCACUUCCGGGUUGAAAAGUACUCCCUGACCAAAGACGUAAAGAGGGCGCAGAGGCAUCCUAAAGGUGGCGGUAAGGAGUACAUCACGCCUCCAUUGCUCGUCAUGAACAACUUCAGUAGUCCCUCGGCCGACGCUAACUCCAAGGUGCCCAAACACCUCGAGUCCCUCACCACAACCGCGUUCCAGUCCCUCUUUCCCCCAAUCAACCCCCAAACGACACCACUGAAAUCGAUCAGGAGGGUCUUGCUCCUAAACCGCGAACAGUCGGACGACGGUACGUUUAUCAUCAACUUUCGCCACUAUGCCAUCACGACGAAGGCAGUCGGGCUUUCGAAGCCAUUAAGAAGGCUUAACGCCGCCGAGAAGAUGCUCAAGUCCAAGAAGGGCAAGAAGGGAGGGCUCCCCAACCUCGGCAAACUCAAGGAUAUAUCGGAGUUCAUGAUCGGUGGCGAAGAUGGCGAGGGCUACAUGACGGACGGAACGAGCGGCAGCGAACCGGAUACCGAUGCCGAGGUCGAAGUCCUCGAGACUGCCACGAAGAAAGUCCACAGCGGCAAGUCCCGGGCAGCGGAACACGACAGCGACGAGGAGGAGGCGGGCGCCCACGACAACGUGGAGCGGCGCGCUGUGAAGCUGGUCGAGCUGGGCCCGCGAAUGCGGCUGCGCAUGACCAAGGUUGAGGAGGGCAUCUGCGCGGGCAAGGUUCUGUGGCACGAGUAUGUUCAGAAGACCAAGGAGGAGAUUCGGGAGCUGGAGAAGAGGUGGGAGCAGCGCAAAAAGGAAAAGGAAGCGCGCAAGAAGCAGCAGAAAGAGAAUGUCGAGAAGAAGCGCAAGGCAAAGGCGAGCAACAAGAAGGCUGGCGAGGACAUGGAGGAUAAGAACGAUGACGAGAUGGACGUCGACGAAUAUGACAGCGAUCUGUACGAGGAUGAAGGGUUCGACAGUGAGGGAUUGGAGGGCGAUGCGGAAGAGCAGGUCAAUGCCCGGAUGGAGGAGGGCGGCGAGUGGGAGGAUGAGGAGGAAGAGAUUGCCGAGGGCAGGAGUUCUAAAAAGAAAUCUCUGAGGAGGUAG